AUGGAUGGUUUGGGCGUGUGCUGCCUGUUGCUGCUGCUGCUGCUGCAGGUACUGAAACAGUGUCUCGACUUCCUGCUUAACCUCAAUGAGGAGCAGCUGGCAACGCUAAAGGCGCGCGUGGUUGAAUUAAUUAAGCAGAGACAGCAGCUGCAGCUGGAGGAGCAGCAGCAGCAAAAACCGGUACAACAGCAGGUGACGGAGGAUCCAGAGCCCGUAGCAGCAGAAGGCGGAGGUGCAGCAGGUGAAGCAACGGCUGUUGCUGAACCAGCUAUAGCGGGAGACGCUGGAGAGCAGAGAGAAAGAGCGACAAAGAAAUCAGAGGGACAGUUGAAGCACCAGAAGGAGCAGCAGAAGGAGACACAUCGUGGUGUACACCCGGAAGGGAGGGAGGCAGAGGAGCCUUGGGGGGCUGAGAGGCUGCUGCUCAGCAGCACACCAGCAGACAUCAACCUGCUACCUAAGCAGCUAGAAGCGCUGCAGCGGCUGCAGUCUCCUCUGGAUAAACAGAAAGAGAUAUUGGGACUAAUAUAUGAGUUCUUAGAGUUGUUAGAACCUUUAAUUGAAGAAGCAACUGCAGGCGAGACAGAGGGGGCAGGGACACCUGUCUCCUCCGCUCCUCUGUCUCUUAAGCAAGCAGCAGCAGCAAAGCUGCAAGACAUGAAGAGCCGCUGGCAGAAGAUUGCUGCUGAUUGGUAUAAGGGGGGUUUAUUUGAUAGCAGCAAGGUGUCAGAUAUCUUGGACUUAGUACGAUAUGAGCUCAUACACCACUGCUACCUCCUCUCUAGAGACGGUAUGCUGGAAAGCCUAAACCCUACGACUGCUGCUGCAGCUGCUGCUGAGAGCAGCAGUACCGAGCUGAUGUUCUCCCAUUGUUUCUGCAGCAGCAGCACUAGGAGAUGGAGGCGCAUCCGCUUCCACAGCAGCAGCAGCAGCAGCAGCAGUGCAUGUCCUUGUGUGUGCUCAGCGUUGAAGACAGCCAUAAGUAUCCACAAUCGUAUAAAAAGUUUACAAGAAUCAGUUGCUGCUUUUGCUGCUGCUCACAGCAGCGAAGAGAAACUUCGCCUGGCUGUCCCUGUUGUAAGCAGACUCAUCCGCAAGAUCCUAAGAGACGUUACGUUCUUCAGAAGCGACGACUCGCAUCAAAAGCCGCAGCCGGCAGGAGGGCAUGCAUCUUGCUUCUCUUGCAACUCUGCUGCUUGGGGCACAAGUCUGGGUGCAGCAGCUGCUGCCGCUGCAGCAGUCACCUCCGAGGAAGAGACGACUGCAACUGGUGCUGCAACUGCUGCUGCAACUUCUGGUGCUGGCUCCUCGCACGAGGCACAAGGGACGAGUGCGCUGCUGCAGGCAGGAGACACAACAGCAGCUGCAGCCGGUAUCUCCCCCACAGGGACUACCACUCCCGCAUGUGGAGACACCGCAGCGAUCUUCAAGGAAGACAGAGACAUGAUGCCACCGCUUAGGGGCUCUCGCAGAGGCGCACCUGUACCCGAACUCGGCCGCAGCAGCAGUAGCAGCAACAUUAGCAGCAACAGCGGCAGCAGCAGCACAUGUUCCAGCAGUAGCGCCUUGGCACCCAGCGCAACUCCUUGUGGGCUUGGAGCCGCAACAACAAAUAAUAGUCUUCGCGGGACAGGGGAUGGUGUGCAGCCGUCUCCUCGAGGAGGAAGUAGCGGGGGGAUCGUGUCUGGAUCUGGAUCAGGUCCUGCUGCGGGCUCGCCACGGGGCCGCAGCAGCUGCUCUCCCCAUGGAGCCCCCGUUGGGGGAGCAGAUAUGCGGCGGAGCCUAGAGCCCCGGUGCAGUCCUGGUGGAGGUGGGGCUACUCGUAGCAGCAGUACACAGGGAUGUUCGAGCAGCAGCAGCACGCGAGAUUCUGCUGCAGCUGCAGCAGCAGGCAAAGGCAGCAGCUGCCGGAGCAACAGCCGCAGUAGCGGCAGCUCCAUCGCAUGCAGCAGCGGCAUCAGAGGACGCGGGAGGUGUACAGCUUCAGGAGGAUCUGGAGGUGCCAGCGGCCCCACGGCGGACCUGGGCUUGAGGCCCUUAGGAUCCUGCGGGAUCGGUGGGAUCGUCUCCGCAGACGCUGCAGAGGCAGUUGUAAUUAACAGCAAUGAUCUAUGGGCUCACCAGCAAACAGGGACAAGGGGCAAGAAAGAAAAAGCUCUAAAAUUAAAGAGGGAAGAACAGGCGCAGCAGCUGCAAAUCAAGCGAGUUCAAUCGGAGCUAAAGCUACUGCAUCAGCAGGACGUGCCUGAUGCCCAUCAUAGACUCCCCACACCGCUGCAGCAUCAGCUGCAGCAGCAGCUAGCUAGCAGAGACACUGGAGGGGGCCCCUCCCAAGAGCUGCAGCAUCCACAGAAACAGCCGUCAACCCCUAACGAGCUGUUGCUGCUGCAAGAGCAGCAGCAGCAGCAGCGCCAUACUGGGGCCUCGUCCGGCCGUGCUACCUCGACACCCUUCGGCAGCAGCGUGCUGCCUUCCAGACAAGACUCGGAGGACCCGCAGCAGCUGCAGCAGCAGCAGCAGAUGCAGCAACAUUUGCAGCAACAACUGAGUCAGCACCUGCAGCAGCAGCUUCAGCAACAGCUGCAGCAGCAGCAGCAAGAUCCCCUACAAGCAAGAGAAAGAGGAAGCGCAGGAGAAGGGUCGGAAGGAGACCGCAUGCAAACUGCAGAGCCACAGACAGAGGCUGGAGCUGGGGAAGAAGAGGAGGAGCACGAAGAUGAUGAUCCUCACCAGCAUGAGGUUGCCGCGGAGAUUCGGUUGAAAGAGGGCGAGGCACACCUCUUUGGGAUCCGAUCCCCCUGGCGAAUCGUCCGUAGUCGGUUUUAUGUCACAAGCGCUAGCCAUGUAGAGGCGCUGCUCAAUGUCCUUCUCCUGAGCCAUCAAGCAGUGGCGUGUAACCCUAGCGGUGCUGCGCAAGCUGAAGCGAUUAACAGGCAGGCAGGAAAGGCUGCAGCAGCAGCAGCAGCAGCGAGCAGCAGCGAGAGCCCUGAGGGGGCUUCAAAUUCGAAAGCUGGGAAGGGCGAGGAUACAAAAGAUAAUUUCAGGCCCAUCUUCGACGGCGACCUUCGGGAGUGGCUUGGGCAGUGCGAGCUGCACUAUCUCUCCCACAUUGUCUUUAGAGUAUGGGAGAGGAGGAAAGCCAAGCCCACACCAGCGGCCCCCGGUGCUCAAGACCAGCAACAGCAACAGCAGCAGCAAGACGAAAAGGGGCGGUAUCGUCUCGAAAUAUUUUUCAGCACGGGGGCCCGCGAUGGCUUUGGGGAGAACUUUUUCCUCUUGGAGCGAAAGGCGAGGCAGCAGCAGCAACAACAGCAGCAGCGGCAGCAGCAACAACGGCAGCAGACAGCACCUGCUCCCGCGCCGAGUGCUCGUUCUCAGCUUUGGCGUGAGGUACAUCAGCAGGAGGAGGACGAAGCCCGCUCCCAUUCACUAGAGGCCGUGGGUGUCUCCUCGGAGGUACCGGUAACUCCUCCUGCUGCUGCAGAGGAGACAGGUCCUCGUCCUUGUGGAGACUGCCCAACAGCAGACGGUGGCGGUAACUGUCCCCGCUGCCUCAAGCGGGAGAAACAGCCAGCAGGCCCAGGCAACAGCAGCAGCACCAACAAUAACACUAGCAGCACCAGCAGCAGCAGCGGUCAAGCGAGGAGUGCCUGCUUCUGUAGGCCUCCUUACAGCAACAGGGUGCCCCCUUACUGUGAGAUUGCUCCUCUCCUUCCUCUUGGCCGUUCUGUCGACGUCGCCGACUUCGAUGCCCUGAUGACCGAAGUGCUCCGCCGCUACGGAGACGCUGGCCCACAGAGAGGCCGCCCCGAGAAGCCAAAGGCGCAGCAAAGCUGA